CACCUCUCAUUGUCCUUUAGCCAACCUCCAUCGUCCAGCUCAAACUUUGGCGCUUUGCCUCAUGCCUCAAGCCAGCCCGUGAUGCUCAGCGACAGUAUAGUAGUAGCCGACACACGGGGCAUACGAUUCCCUCACCAGUGACCCCCCACAAAACCCCAGGAAAAUUAAUAAGAACUGUUGAUGCUGCUCCCAUUCAGAACUUAGCUCCAUUGCACUCAUCUGCACAUGCUCUCUGAGUUCCUUGCAAGCUGGCCUCUGCAUUCUCAGCAGUGACAGUGAGUUGCUGCUCAAAGUUGUGUUGCCACUUGCCAGUUCCUGAAGAAAGGGAGCAAAUCUGGAGAGGUUUGCUGCAGGGGGAGGAAGAGGCAUUAGCAUCCAGUGCUUGCUUGCUGGGGGGUGAAAACAACUGGUGGUCUACCACUCAGAUCCCUGUGCAGGGUUGGACAUUGUGGCACAGCACAUUUUUUUUCUGGUCACCGGUAGCUAUCUCAAUAACUAUAGAUCUUCUCAGCUCAGCUCCUUCGAGUUCAGUUAGUUGCUGCCUUCAAUUUUCUCCCUGCAUCCAGAGCUCAGACAGAAAUCCUCUUCCAGAUUCUGCACACAUUUCUGUUAGUAUUCUUGAUUAAGAAGGCAGAUAGAUUAACAGCUGGAGAAAAAGUUCCUCCGUUUCCGAUCAUUUGGUCAUCAUUUCUGCGCUUGCUGUCCUCCAUCAAGCUGAUGUUCAUCGAUUGCACAGUAGAAAGCUAGCAAUCAUCGACGAAUCUUCAGAAGGCUGAAGGAAUUUCCAGCAAUUUUUAAGAAAAGAGGAGGAAGAAGUCUUCGUGGCAGCAAGCUAGCGAGGUCCGAGAAUGGCUAGAAGAAGUAGCAGGCAUUCUCUGCUCAUCUUGCUGCCAAUGCUGCUUGCAAUGGUGCCCGAGUCCACGCAGCUGCAGUCGUCACAGACAUGGUCGCUGCUCAAGAUCCAGCAGCUGCUCAACUACCCGCCGGUGCUCAGCACCUGGGCCAACCACACCGACUUCUGCUACGGCGGCGACUACAAGACCGCCUCCGCCUUCGUCGAGUGCUACGGCGACAGCGUCACGCAGCUCCACAUCAUCGGCCCCGGCGGCGCGCCUCCGCUGCCCAAGACCUUCAGCAUCGACGCCUUCUUCACGACGCUGUCCAGGCUGCCCGACCUCCGGGUGCUCACGCUCACCGGCCUCGGCCUCUGGGGCCCGCUGCCGGGGAAGGUGUCGCGGCUGGCGUCGCUGGAGAUCGUCAACAUCAGCGGCAACUACCUCUACGGCCAGCUCCCGGAGGGCCUGUCCCGGCUCGGCAACCUCCAGACCUUCAUCGCCGACGACAACAUGCUCUCCGGCGAGCUCCCCGGCUGGCUCGGCAAGCUGCCGUCGCUGGCCGUGCUCAGCCUCCGCAACAACUCGCUGCAGGGGCCGCUGCCGGAGUCCGUCGGGGACAUGGCGUCGCUGCGGUCGCUGACGCUCGCCUCCAACAACCUCUCCGGCGCGGUGCCGGACCUGAGCGCGCUCAGGAACCUGCAGGUGGUCGACCUCGCCAACAACUCGCUCGGCCCCGCUUUCCCGCGGCUGGGGAGGAAGGUGGCCAGCGUCGUGCUCAGCGGCAACCGAUUCGGCGACGGGCUCCCCGGCGAGCUCGGCUCCUUCUACCUCCUCGAGCGCCUCGACGUGUCGAGGAACCGGUUCGUCGGCCCGUUCCCGCCGGCGCUGCUCGGGCUGCCGUCCAUCGAGUACCUCAGCAUCGCCGGGAACCGCUUCACCGGGCUGCUCACCGCCAACAUGUCCUGCGGCGAGAACCUCCGGUUCGUCGACGUGUCGUCCAACCUCCUCACCGGCAGCCUCCCGUCGUGCCUGACCAGGGCCCCCUCCUCGAGCAGCAAGCCCGACGAGUCCAAGGUGACGCUCGUCGCGGCGUCCAACUGCCUGUCCGCCCCCGGCGGCGGCGGCGACGUCGGCUGGCAGCACCCGUCCCUGUUCUGCCAGAACCAGGCGCUGGCCGUGGGCAUCGUGCCCGACCAGGCCCACGGCAGGAAGAGCGACGCCAAGGCGGGGCUCGUGGCCGGCAUCGUCGCGGGCGCCCUCGCCGGCGCGGUGCUCGUCGGCGUGGCCGCCUUCCUCGCCGUGAGGAAGGUGACCAUGAGGCGCGCCAAGGCCCGGCCGCCCCGACGGCUGGUGGAGCACGCCUCCAGCGCGUACCCUUCGCAGUUCUUCGCCGACGCUCGUUACAUAUCGCAGACGGUGAAGCUGGGAGCUCUGGGCAUUCCGGCGUACAGAUCGUUCUCCCUGGUGGAGCUCGAGGCGGCGACCAACAACUUCGAGGUCUCCUGCCUCCUGGGGCAGGAUGCUCACGGCCAGAUGUUCCGGGGGACGCUGGGCAACGGGACGCCGGUGACGAUCCGGACGCUGCGGGUGAAGCGGAGCCAGACGUCGCAGAGCUUCAACCGGCACAUCGAGAUGAUCUCCAAGCUGCGGCACCGGCACCUGGUCAGCGCGCUGGGCCACUGCUUCGAGUACAACCUCGACGACUCCACCGUCACGCAGCUCUACCUCGUCUUCGAGUACGUGCAGAACGGCAACCUCAGGAGCAGGAUCUCACAGGGAACGGAGGGGAGGAGGCUCCCCUGGGUGCAGAGGAUUUCGACGGCCAUCGGCGUGGCCAAGGGCAUCCAGUUCCUGCACGGAGGGAUCAUGCCGGGGCUGUUCGCCAACAACUUCAAGAUCACCAACAUCCUCCUGGACCAGAACCUCGUCGCCAAGAUCGGCAGCUACAACAUCCCCAUCCUAGCCGAGACCGCAAAAUCAGAGGGAGGAGGAGGAGGAAGCAAGUAUCCAUCUGACAGGGUGCCCAACGGCGACAAGAUGGACAUCUACGACUUCGGCGUGAUCCUGCUGGAGGUGGUGACGGGGCGGCCCAUCACGUCGAUCCACGAGGUGGAGAUCAUGCGGGAGCAGCUGCAGUCGGCGCUGACGUCGGAGAGCCCGGCGCGGCGGCGGCUGCUGGUGGACCCGUCGGUGGGCCGCGCGUGCUCCGACGAGUCGGCGCGCACGGUGAUGGAGAUCUGCCUGCGCUGCCUGGCCAAGGAGGCGGCGCAGCGGCCGUCGGUGGAGGACGUGCUCUGGAACCUCCAGUUCGCCGCCCAGGUGCAGGACGACUGCCGCGCCGGCGACUCCCGCUCCCAGAGCAGCGAGGAGUCGCCGCUGUCGCCGUCGCAGAUCCCCAGGGCUGCUGCCUAGCUAGGUGCGAAGGUGAAGAACAAGGAACAUUGGCGCGAUCAGGCGAAGCAGCAUGGAGCCAACAACUUUCGUUUGAUGAUGUAAGUUCGGUCUGAUCAGCACGGCUGCAUGGUAGAGAACGGAACAGAGUGGUGUCAGGCUUAAGUGUAUAGCAGCUGCAGCUGCAGCUGAAGCCGGAAACUCAUACUACGUAUUAGUAGUUUUUUUUUUGAGGGCUACUACGUAUUAGUUAUUGUUACUACUUACUACUACUACUACCCCAGGAUGUGUACAGACUACAGAGCCUUCUUGGCCUUUUUUUUUCGCUUACUGUUUUUUCCAUUUCUGUUUCUAUUUUCCCCUCAUGAAUCCGUUGACUUUGCAAUAACCACUGUGGCACUGGCACUGUGUUUGCUUUGACCCUCGGUGGGGUUUUUAGGACCAAGUGUAACAUCUUGCUGUAGCCUCUUUCCACUAUGAGCUGGAAGGCAAAUCAAGGGAAGUACACAGUGAUCUCAAA